AUGUUCGGAAAAGUCAAGUUUGUUGCUGCUCUUGCCCUUCUUACAUUCUCUUCUGCCUCAGCCAAGUUGACUUGCGAGACCAAGAAGGAGGUCUACGCCAAAGCCGUCCUCAAGGACGCCAAUGGCACCCAAAUUGGUGUUGUUAACUUGUACCAAGCCUCUAACCUGGAACCUGUCAAGAUCACUGCCGACCUAAAGGGUCUUGGUGCUGAAGGCAAGAAAGGCUUCCAUGUCCACGAAUUCGGUGACUUGUCGGGCGGCUGUGCCUCUGCUGGAGGUCAUUUCAAUCCGUUCAGUAAACAACAUGGCGCCCCUACUGAUGCCGAACGUCAUGCCGGUGACCUUGGUAACAUUGUGACCGGGCCCGACGGCACCUCGAAGGUUGAGAUGGAGGACAAACAAAUUUCUCUCUAUUCAGGACACAGGAACAUUGUCGGGCGUGCUAUCGUUCUCCAUGCUGGAGAAGAUGACCUCGGACUCGGCGGACAGAGUGACUCGAAGACGACUGGCCACGCCGGCGCGCGUCUUGCUUGCGGUGUGAUUGGAUACGCUCCUGCUCCUACUCCUGCUGCAUAA